AUGCUCAACAAGGAUCAUGUUACCGACGCCGAUAAUAUCCCACGGAUUGCAGGAAUCUUUGUGGUUGCCACUAUCGUCAGUUACGCCGGCACGUACCUUUUCGCCCUCGGAAGUUGCAAGCUUGAAGAGUGCGCUCGAGGCCGGUAUUGUAGCAACAUGACAGAUGUAGAAAAAGCAACACACCGAACUUGGCCGACGCCUCAACCCACGAGACGGUCCUCACAAGUGGGCAAGUUACCCACAAACAUACUCACAAGCGAAUCUUUCGUGUCUCUCGACACAGCACUGUUAGAGACAACAUUGCGGCUGGCAUUUGUGGUCCAAACGGCGCCUCUCUGGAUAUCUUUGCUUUUAGCAAUCAUCAUUGGCGUCCCUGUCUAUCUCACUACCAAGUACGACAUGCCCCUCGAAGCCUUCUGCUUCACCUUCCUCUGGAUUGUUGCUGUCCACCUUCAACGAUUUGUGAAAUCGUGGAAGAGACUCGAACUCCGACGUCGCUGGCGAUUGGCUCUCGCGGUAGCUUUGAACCCAGUCCUCAUAACGGCAUUACUCUGUUCGAUCUAUUUCUGGGUCAAAUCAGCGCUUACGGGGCGUCAAAUUGGAGAUAUGCUCAUUGAUUUCAAGCACCACAGGUCCUGGGCCGAUAUUGUGGUGAACCUGAGUGAGGGUGGACAGUUUGCCCAGAAUGUUGGCGCUGGUGACUUGGCCAAUGCCUUGCUCGACGCCGGCAUUGUUUCCCUCGGCUUCAAGAUGUUCGAGUAUCGCCGCGAGCUAUGGGCUAGCUUCACCAUCGUGUUCACAACCUGUCUAAUUUUCGCCACACUCAACGUAUUCGUCAAUCUCAUUUUUGCUGUCGCUAUUGGCCUCCAGCCCGCGGACGCCCUCGCCUUUUGUGCCCGCAAUGUGACAAUUGCCCUGGGUGUCCCCGCCGUGCAACACCUAGGUGGAAGUAUCACAAUGAUGAGCACCCUGGUCACCUUCAGCGGACUGAUAUUUCAGAUGACUGGCGAUUUCCUCUUUGCCUGGUUCCGUAUCAAUGACAGUGUGGUGGCUCCGAACAGCAUUAUAUCGAGUGACAGCGAGACCAGUUCCCAAGAGGAACAAUCACAAGGAAGCGAGGGCAAGAUUAUCGCCGCAGGAAUUACUGUCGGCAUUAAUGCGGCAGCAAUGGGAACUUCACACCUUAUCGAGCGGGACUCAAGGUGCUCUGCCUACUCUGCACUUAGCAUGACCAUCUUUGGCGUGAUGACGGUAGCACUGACAGCCGUACCAGCGAUCAAGGACGAGUUGGUGUUUCUCGCUUGGCAGUAG